AUGGAGAGAGUAGGGAAAAGAGCAGAGCAAAAGAGGAGGAGAGGAGAUGGUGAGAGGGAAGAAGAAGAGAGGGCUGAGAGGAGAGAGAACAAGAGAGAAGAGAAGGACAAGGAAGAAGAGGACAGAGAAGAGGAA